AUGCCUUCAUUGCAAAAUAAUAAACCAAGCUUCGUUACCUGUGACACCUACAACCCAACAGUAAAAGAGCAGCAACCAAUAGGUACUCAGGUAUUGCGUGUGGUCGCAACCGAUCCCGACAAAUGGCAGACGAUCGAAUAUAGUCUGUUGUUGGAUUUCACUGAACACAUACGCUUCCAAAUCGACAAGAAAACCGGUGACGUUACAACGACUCAUGUCUUUGAUUAUGAUUAUCCGAUGAAUGAGAAAAUAAUUUACGUUACGGUUCUUGCUAUGGACGAUGGAUCACCGCGCCUGUAUGAUAUGUGCACCUUCAAAGUAACGGUUUUGGAUAUUAACGAUAAUGCACCAAUUUUCGAUAAAGCUCGAUACGAAGAAACGGUGUUUAAGGAUUCUGAGAUCAACAAAUACGUUGCGACCAUUUCGGCGAUGGAUAUGGAUGAGAGUGAAAACGGAAUCGUUAAAUAUGAAAUUCUAGAAACAAUGUCGGACUUUGCGUACUUCGGAAUCAACGAAAACAAUGGUAUCAUCAGAAUCACAAAACAGAUCGAUCGAAAUCCUGGGGAUUAUUACACAAUUCGUGUUCGCGCAUACAAUGAAGAUAUGGACAACGGCAUCUUGCAAGAGGCCGAAAUCGACGUGGAAUUUCGCGUGGUCGAAAGAAAUGAUCUAAGACCUUACUUCACAUUGCUGCAACAGAUUCCAAUAGUCUUGCAUGAAUCUUACGAUGAGUACUUUGUCCCGCUAGUGAAAAUGAAUGUCAACUCAAACAUUCAAAACAAUCCCAAUGUUUUCUGUACAUUGACAAAAGGUCACACCGAACAAACUAAUUCCCAAAGCACCUUUAAGCUCGAACAAAACAAUACUACAGUUCUGAUCAUGCUAAACAAACCUCUCGACUUUGAAACUGCAGCCGAGUAUUCGCUCCAAGUGGUCGCAAAAAAUGCUUACUACAUGGAAACGGCCCUGGUUAUAAAAAUUGUGGUAUUAGACGACAACGAUAACGCACCCGAAUUCGAUGGAAACAAAUCAGGUGCAAUUCCUGAACACGAGCCACCUGGCACAUUGGUACUGCAAGUGCAUGCAAAAGAUCAUGAUGGUACUCCAGCCAACAAUAUCGUAUCUUACCGGAUAGAGCCCAGGCAUCACGCAUUCCAAAUUGAUCAUCAAACUGGCAUCAUAACGUCGCUGGUGGAGUUCGAUCGCGAGUCGAAGGAUGUAUAUAUUUUGCAGGUGAUUGCAGAGGACAAUUCACCAUCCAUUUGGUUUCGUAACGGAAAACCGAAUCGAGCCUCACAAAUGAUCACUAUCCAGAUCACUGAUAAGAACGAUCAUCAACCUUUGUUCCGGCAAAAGUAUUACCUGGUGGAAGAUGUUCUUGAGGAUCAAAAGACUGACACGUUCGUAUUGAAGGUAGAGGCUGACGAUCAAGAUACAUCAUCAGUUAUAAAAUAUAGCAUCCUGUCGGGUAAUGUGGAUGAUGCCUUCAAGAUCAACGCGACCAAUGGUCAGAUAUUAGUGAACAAUCUGUUGGAUUAUGAAAUGAUUCGAGAAUAUACACUGGUUGUGCAAGCGGAUGACGGAAUUUUUCAGGACAAUACCACAGUCUGUAUCAAGAUCACCAACGUAAAUGACAAUCCGCCACGAUUCAUCGAUAUGCACAUCUUAAAAAUACAAGAAGAAUCUAUUCCUACUGACUGUAUUAUGAACCUUCAGGCUUACGAUCCAGACAUUGACGAUCGAACCGAGAACCAACAUAUUCGAUUCAACGUUGCGGAAAUGCAUGAGGAUUUUCUAAGCAUUGAUGAUGAUGGUUGCCUGCGACUUCGUAAGGCGCUUGAUCGAGAUCCACCACAAGGAAAGCAGAUGUGGCAAUUUAUCAUCAUUGCAACUGACGAAGAAGGCGAUGGUAUGAAAACUUCAGCUAUGGUGAACAUCAUUCUGGAAGACAUUAAUGAUAAUGCUCCACAGCUUUCGAACAUUAUGCCGGUCAUAUGGAAUGAGAAUCAACCUCCUGGUAUAAUAACAACAUUGAUGGCAAUUGAUUUAGACGAAACACAACAUGGACUGCCAUUCGUCUACAGCAUCGAAUCAAACGCAUCCGAAGAGAUUAAGAACAAAUUUCUUGUAAAGGAUGAUAAGUUGUACGCACUGGUUUCCUUUGACCGAGAGCACCAAAAAGAAUUCCAUGUACCGAUUCGAAUUCAAGAUUCAAGUGAAAAGCCUGUAAGCAGCAUCAAUAUUUUGCGGGUUAUCAUUGGCGAUAAAAAUGAUAACAAAAUGAUUUCUAGUGAAAGCUAUACAACCGUUUAUAAUUAUAAGAGAAUGUUGCCUAAGACGGAAAUAGGACGAGUGUAUGUGGAAGAUCCUGAUGAUUGGGACAUUGCGGAAAAGCUAUUUGAAUGGGAUCUUAACAUCGCUCAACCAUCAAAGAUACACUUCGAUCUGAACCACGUGUCUGGUGCGAUCACGAUAUCGGCAGGAACACCCAGUGGCAUUUAUGAGCUGUAUUUCAUAGUGUUUGAACAUUCGAGAUAUUUCGAGCGUCACAACGUAUCAACCCGAAUGAUUGUCACAGUUAAGGAUAUUUGGGAGGAGGAUGUAGAUCGGAGUGGGUCAAUUCGUUUUCUCAAUGUGACGGAUGAGCAGUUCCUGACAAAAACAGCCGAUCAGCUUAGCUCACCUAAGGACAGGUUGGUAUCGAGUAUCGCAAACGUAUUUAACAUCAGCAAGGAGUAUGUGGACGUAUUCACAGUUUUAAUGGACAAACAUGAAAACGAUACCGUUUUAGAUGUGCGAUACUUAGUCCAAAACAGUUCAUACACCGCCGACUUUCUUAACGUCAUGCUAAGCUAUCAAGUUCACCAACUUGAGGAUGACGUCGGUGUCCCCGUAGUUACAGUAGGUAUCGAUGAAUGCGUUCUGAAGGGCUGCAGUUGCAAAGGCUCGUGUAAGAACAACAUCUACAAGUCUAACUAUCCUAUCACCAUUUCGACCAAUACCAUUUCUUUCGUUGGAGUGAAUGCGUUCGUACAAGCAGAUUGCAUGUAUCGAGCCAAUAUAACUCCUAUUGUCGAUAUACAUUUGGAAGAUGACGGAUAUGCGCUUUUACCAUCGAUAUCUUCUAGUGGUAUAACACGAAUCACCAUGGAAUUAUCAGCAAAAGCGGACGAUGGUCUUGUGUUAUACAUUGGUCCAUUAUAUUACGACAAACAUAAAUCGGAGCGUAACUUUGUUGCAUUGCAAUUGUUCGAAGGUCAUCCGGCACUUAUGCCAUAUGUGCAGUUUGUUGGGGAACGUUUAGUUGCCAAACCUUACUUACGAAAAAAUAUAUCACCCCAAUCACAUCCGAUGUAA